UUGCACUGUGGGAAGAUGGCGGCGCUGGGGCGUCUAGAAAAUCGUACGGACCGCGGUGCACUGUGGGAAGAGGAGGUGCCGGGCCGAUGUAGCGCUGCUGCUGUCGCGGUGCAUUGUGGAAGGAUGGCGGCGCCCGCUUGCAGGGCACUGUGGGGAGUCGCGCGCCCCUGGAGCUGGGGGGCCUUCAGCGGCGGCGGCCGGUUCCGCCGGGAACUCUGCGACUCGACAGUCGCCGGGUCGAAGUGGAGGCUGCUAGGGGCGCUGUGCUUGCAGAGGCCGCCCAGGGUGACGCAGGAGAUGACUCCCCUCGAGAAGGAAAUGGCUGAGUUCGUGGAGCUGGUGAACGUGGAGAAGAGCUUGUAUUCAGACCAUGAGCUCCGCUGCCUGGCGGAGGAGGAGCGCCUGCAGCGAUGGAAAGACAAGUAUGAGGAGGAGGAUGAUGGGAAGGAGAUCGUGCUGGCCCAAGAUUUGGAAGACGGGUGGGAACAGAAACUGCGCAAGUUCAGCCUCGCCCCACGGAUCACAGAGGCUGACAAGAACGGCAAUCGGACGUCUUUGAACAGGAAACUGGACCAGAACCUGCUGCUGCUGGUUAAGCAGAAACUUGGUGACCAAGAGAUCUGGCUGUUACCCCAAGCGGAGUGGCAGAACGGGGAGACGCUGAGAGCCACAGCGGAAAGAGCCCUGUUCACACUGUCAGGAGGCCACUGGGAGGCCAAGUUCCUGGGGAACGCACCGUGCGGUUUUUACAAAUUCAAGUUUCCCCAAGAUGCCCGGACAGACACUAGCGUGGGGGCAAAGGUGUUCUUCUUCAAAGCCUUCCUCCAGGCCAGACAGCCACCUGUGUCCAAGGUGAAACAGGACCAUGUUUGGGUCAGCAAAGAGGAGCUGGCGGACUACUUGAAACCCGAAUACUACUCCCAGGUUGCUCGGUUUCUUGUGGACAUGUGACCAGCAAAAACUGAACCCUGCUCUGAAGCAGAUGAUAUGGACAGUGGCAGCGUGUGGGAGAAGUGGCGGCCAAGUUUUUUCUGCUUGUGUGAUUCUUCCAGUUCAGAGAUCUCACCAAGUUUUGAUCUGUGCUCAAUAAAUGAGGCCUAGAAAUGA